CAAAGGGAAUCCCACUUGAGCAACUGCAAGUAGACACAGACUCUGAAAAUUCAAAAAUCAUCGCAAUGGAGAAUUUCCAUAACCGUAAGGACAUUACUAACACUCGACCUCCACGUGGCUUUACAGAUAUUUUCAGGAGAGAGUUGGGCUUCUCUCAUCCCAACGCUUUUGCUCGUCGCUUUUCAGCUUCGGAGGUUCUUGUAAAGAACAUGAGUUUAUAUGGUAAAUUAGAUGGUCAUGAAGGAUGUGUGAAUGCUGUCGAAUUCAACUCCACUGGUGACCUUCUUGUAUCAGGUUCUGAUGACCGACAAGUUAUGUUUUGGAAUUGGGCGUCCAAAACUAGAUUAUUUGCAUAUGCUUCUGGCCAUACGGACAACAUAUUCCAAACAAAAAUUAUGCCAUUCACUGAUGACUGCCGAAUAGUGACUUCUGCUGGUGAUGGUCAGGUAAGGCUUGGCCUUCUCCGGGAAGAUGGCAUAGUUGACACUGCAAUGUUGGGGAAGCACCAAGGUUGUGUAUACAAGCUUGCUGUGGAGCCUGGAAGUCCCUACAUAUUUUAUAGUUGUGGUGAAGAUGGAUUUAUUCAACAUUUUGAUUUAAGAAGUAGUUCUGCUACAAAGCUUUUCUGUUGUUCCUCAGUAAGAAACAAUAAACAGCCUCCAAGUAAAAUAGGGUUGAAUUCCAUUGUGAUUGACUCUAGAAAUCCAUAUUACUUUGCUGUCGGUGGAUCUGAUGAAUAUGCACGUGUUUAUGACAUAAGAAAAUGCCAGUUGGAUUCAACAAGAAAUUCUGAUCAACCUGUAAAUACAUUUUGCCCUCAUCACUUAAUUGGUUCAAAUAAUGUCCGUAUCACAGGAUUGGCUUACUCAAGCUUUAGUGAACUCCUUGUUUCUUAUAAUGAUGAGCUCAUCUAUCUGUUUGAAAAGUCUGUGGGCUUGGGUUCUUCGCCUUCAUCUGCUACAUCCGAGGAUCUGAAGAAUAUUCAUGAGGCACAAGUUUAUUCAGGCCACAGAAAUGCACAGACAAUUAAAGGAGUGAAUUUUUUUGGCCCGAAUGAUGAAUAUGUGUUGAGUGGCUCAGAUUGUGGCCACAUAUUCAUCUGGAAGAAGAAGGAAGCUAAGCUGGUGAGAUUAAUGAUAGGUGAUCAACAUGUUGUAAAUCAACUUGAGGCCCAUCCACAUAUACCUAUCCUCGCUACUUGUGGUAUAGAGAAAAAUGUCAAAAUGUGGCUUCCUCUAGGGAGUGAUAUGCCUCCCCUUCCUGCAAAUGUGAAAGAGAUAAUCGAGGCAAACAGACAGGGCAGAGAAGACCGAUCGCGGGUAACGCUUAGUCCUGAUGUUAUAAUGCAUGUUCUUCGCCUGCAAAGGCGACAGACGUUAGAAUAUAUUGAAAGAGGACAUAGUAGGGCAGAUAUUGUAAGUGAUGAUGAAGAUGCAGAGGGAUACCUUUUAGGAUUCUUAGACGGUGAUGCCUCUUCUGAUGAGGAUUCUCCAAGAAAUUCCAGAGAUUGCAACAUUAGCUAAAGCUUAAAAAAGAUGGUUUGGUUGCUUUGGCUCACUAAUUCCUUAGAAAUAGAAAAUAAUGUUAGCUUCACUGUUUUUCACUAAGCAGUACCAUACACAUACAUGUUUGAAGCAUGCCUUGAUAACAUGAUUAGUUAGGGAAACAAUUAGUGUGCAGAAGUGUAGAAUCUGGAUUGUUCCAGUUGAAGGUUAGAUAGAGUGCAGUUAAACUCAUAUAUUGUUGUGCAUACAGGUAUAAAAUAAGUACAAAUGUGUUUUGGUAAUUAAAACAAGUGUAAAUUUGAUACUGUACAAAUAAGUGAAUAACCCUACUCUUGAUUUUACGAUGUUGAAUGUCAACAGUGUUUUUCGU